CAUCACAAUACGCGACUUCGCUUCAUCGUUCCAGUGCUAGCUCGUUUUCUCUCCUUCUUCCGCGACAAAUCUUUUGUCAUUUGCCCGAAAUCGGACACCAAAAUCUGCCAUUUUCAUUGCCUCAUUGUGAUAUUUUCCUAGCUGUUCUGUCUCAGUGGUUUUUAUAUCUCGGUGUAUUUUAUAUCGUUAUUUUUGAGAGGCGAUUAUUCUUUGCUUUGUCCUCCUCAUCUUCCUCUUUUCAAUGCCCUUCUCGUGAGCACGUCAUCUCAUCGAGUGUCAUCAUCAUUAUCAUCAUCAUCAUCUUUUCUUUUCUCCUCAAAUCUUAUCAUAAUGCGUGAAUGCAUCUCAGUCCACGUCGGCCAAGCCGGAGUCCAGAUCGGUAAUGCCUGUUGGGAGUUGUACUGCCUGGAGCACGGCAUCCAGCCUGAUGGUAACAUGCCUGCUGAUAGCACCAUCGGAGGUGGUGAUGACUCCUUCAGCACCUUCUUCAGUGAGACUGGAGCUGGCAAACAUGUUCCCCGUGCCGUCUUCGUCGAUCUCGAGCCAACCGUAGUCGAUGAGGUCCGCACCGGUGUAUACCGCCAGCUCUUCCAUCCUGAGCAGCUGAUCACCGGCAAGGAGGAUGCUGCCAACAACUACGCCCGUGGUCACUACACCGUCGGCAAGGAACUUGUUGAUCAAGUCUUGGACAAGAUUAGGAAACUGGCUGACCAAUGCACAGGCCUUCAAGGUUUCCUGGUAUUCCACAGCUUCGGUGGCGGCACCGGCUCUGGCUUCACCUCCCUGCUCAUGGAGCGUCUCUCCGUCGAUUACGGAAAGAAGUCCAAGCUCGAAUUCGCCAUCUACCCGGCACCUCAGGUUUCCACCGCGGUUGUCGAGCCCUACAAUUCCAUCCUGACUACUCACACAACACUUGAACAUUCCGAUUGCGCUUUCAUGGUCGACAACGAGGCCAUCUACGAUAUCUGUCGUCGUAACCUCGAUAUCGAGCGUCCCACCUACACCAACCUCAACAGGUUGAUCAGCCAGAUCGUCUCAUCCAUCACGGCUUCUCUGCGAUUCGACGGCGCCCUCAACGUCGAUCUGACAGAGUUCCAGACCAACUUGGUGCCCUACCCACGUAUCCAUUUCCCCCUGGCCACCUACGCCCCAGUCAUAUCUGCUGAGAAGGCCUACCACGAACAGCUGACUGUUGCUGAAAUCACUAACUCCUGCUUCGAGCCCGCCAACCAGAUGGUGAAGUGCGAUCCCCGUCACGGCAAGUACAUGGCCUGCUGUCUCCUGUUCCGUGGUGAUGUCGUCCCUAAAGAUGUCAACGCCGCAAUCGCUACUAUCAAGACCAAACGUUCCAUCCAGUUCGUGGACUGGUGUCCAACUGGCUUCAAGGUCGGUAUAAACUACCAACCGCCCACCGUCGUCCCUGGUGGUGAUCUUGCCAAGGUUCAGCGUGCCGUCUGCAUGUUGAGCAACACUACCGCGAUCGCCGAGGCCUGGGCUCGUCUCGACCACAAGUUCGAUCUGAUGUACGCCAAGCGUGCUUUCGUCCAUUGGUACGUCGGAGAGGGUAUGGAGGAAGGAGAAUUUGCCGAAGCUCGUGAGGAUUUGGCUGCCCUCGAGAAGGAUUACGAAGAAGUCGGAGUCGACUCAAACGAUGGUGAAGAAGAAGAGGCUGAAAUCGAGGAGUAUUAGAAAGUUGUCCUCACUUUUAUGAGGAUUGUACCCGCUUGCUGAUAAGCAGCUAUUCUAUGAUGCAUUCAAAAUUUGUAUUCUUUGUGGCAAUAUUGUUAAUGCCUGUUGUGUGCAAUUCUCUUAUAUUUAUGUAGCCAAUUUAUUCUAGAGCAGAGAGGCGGAUAGAGAUAAUGUAGUCUCCUCAUAAGAGAAAGAUGAAACCUAAUUUGAAUACCCUUGAGGUUUGACAUUUUAAUUCAAACACCUACAGAUGACCUGCUAAAGGUGAACAAAAGUUUUUACCUGUUCAAUGCGGGUUUAAGGUCGAUAUUGUAUGAGACAUUGUAUUGUAUAUCGGUAUCGUAUGUCUUCUUAUUAAUGUUAUGAGGGUUCAUAAGACCGGUGGCCUACAAGACGGACAGCCCUAGAGGCUGACCCUGUUGAUCUCGUAGGCCUUCUGACUAUUUCUUGAGGGUUCACGAGGCUGUCACUGUUGGUGUAGUGUGCCAUCGGUCUAAUGAACUGUCGGUCUAGUGGAUCUCUGAAAAGUUAUCCGAGGGUUCAGGAGAUCAAUGGCCAAUAAGACUCACUGCCUUCGAGGCCGACAUGCCGGUCUCAAAGGCCUUCUGACACUUAUACUUAGGGAUUACGAGAACGACAUUGUUGGUCUGGUGUGUCGUCGCACGCCGGUCUUAUGGACUGUUGGUCUCGUGAGCCGUUAGUCUACUGAGAUGUCUCGUUUAAGUCAACAGGGGUGCAUUUCAUAAAGGCCGUACCAAAAAGAAGUAGAAAAAGUUGAUUUGACUUAAUUUCAUUCAACUAAUCAUCCACUAGCCUUCCUCACCAAUUCGCGUCGAAGGGUUGGCUGCACUGAUAAUCAUGUCUAACCGUAUAUCGUAUCAAGUUCAAUUUAUGACUUACAUUACUACAUUCUAUGAAUGGUAGAAAGCAUGCCCAGUUAUUCAGUGUAUUUUGUUGGUAUUCAUGUUACAGGGUUUUGUGUUUUUGAUUGUAAUUGUGGGAGGACCGUAGCAUAGAAUGAUGUAUUCAAUUGGAUGCUGCUUCGCUGUCAAAACAAAGCAAAGGCAAAUUGAAUAAGCCAUAUAUAAUUCUAGACAAUGUUUACUCCUCAUCCAAAAAUGGUGCGCUUGUAUAUGCGGAAUAUCAAAUCAAUCUAAAUAAAUGAUGAAACGAAAUGAUUUGACUCCCAAAUUCCUAAUGAAUCUUUAAAAUAUUUGAACCAGUUUGCUUCCCCCGAACUGCCAAGUACGUGUAUAUGAAAACUACGAUCAAAUUAACCAGUAUUAUACUUGAUGCAAGUAUACAAUCAGCUUCCUUUUUGUUUUCAUCGUAAUAGUGAAAAGUAAAGAGUUAAAUUAUUUUGUAGCUCUGUUAUUGAAUUAGAAUUCGACGUGUUUUGGAUGUAGUAUGCUCGCCUAUUGUUAUGAAUGUUUUUGCCGGGAUGUUUUAAUCGUUCAUAUGUAUAAGUCUUGACAAUACCGUGCACAGUAUAACAUUUGCUAAUAAACCCAUACAUGCGAUUUUAUUUAAGGAA